CGCAUGCGUACUCACACUAACCCAUUACCAUGUCAAACCACAGAAAUGAAACUGUUCCUCUGAAAACUACCUGAUGAAGUGCUGAACGAGCAGUUUGUAUCGCUGGAGUGUCGCUUGUUAAACAACAAGCCACAACAACAACAACAUGUUUGGGAAGAAGAAGAGAGCUCCGCAGCCCAGAGGCCAGGGCGCUGCUGCUGCCAAGCAGAUGGGUCUGUUUGUAGACCUGGACCCUGAGCAGAUGAUGAUGGGGAUGGAGGGGGAUCUGGACGACCCUGACCUGGAGGCUGAACUUGCUGCUAUCACUGGAAAUAAAGCUGCUGCUGGAGGAAGAGCCAAACCUAAGGGGAAAAGCCCACUGCCCAUGGAAGACAUCGCAAAAAUGGCAGAUGAGUGUAUGAGAGAUGUGGAUGAUGAUGAAGAUGACAGUAACCUGGAGGACGAUGAAGAUCUAUUGGCAGAGCUACAGGAAGUGGUGGGUGAGGAGGAAGCUGAGGAUGUUUCCUCCACAUCCUCCACCACUGCUGAAUCUCCUCAAGCUGAAACACCAGAGUCGCCACCUCCGCAGCAGCCGGAAGUAAAGGCUCCCUCUGCCGCUCCUGGCACUCUUCAGCAUACACUGGAGGAGAGAAUUGUCAUGUACAAGACGGCCUUACAAAAUGCUAAAACUGCAGGGGAGACCUCCAAAGCCCGGAGAUAUGAGCGUGGCCUGAAGAAUCUGGAGUCAAUGUUAGCUGCUGUUAAAAAAGGGAGAUCUGUGGACGAGGCAGGGAUCCCCCCUCCUGUUGCCACUGGAGCCCCAAGUGCCGCGCCUCGUCCUGCUGUUCCCCCUCGACCUGCGCCCCCUGUUCCCUCACCUCCUGAACCCACUCCUUCAGAUCAGCAGGGGGAGUCAGAGGCCACAACGCCACCGCCUGCUGUACCAGGGAUCAUCACCCCUGGCGGUGAAGAGGAGCAGUUGUCCCCCACCACCCCACCCACUCUGAGCACCAUCCCAUCUCCAGAGGAGCCGACAGAGGAGCCUGCCGACCAGCCUCAGACCAGUCCAACAGAUGCCAACGAGGCAACCAAGACUUUGCUUUUGGAGAGGCAGAAAGAAUACAAGAUGGCAGCACUGAGGGCCAAGAAGCAGGGAGAUCUGGAUCAAGCUAGGCUUUACUUCAAGACCAGCAAGAGGUUCGAUGCUGUGAUUGAGGCGUUGGAAAAAGGACAAGCAGUCGACCUAAGUGGCCUUCCUCCAUCUCCAGGACAGGGUCCAGGAGGAGGCUCUGCUCCAGUGAAGGAACCUACUGCUGGGCAAAACGUAGAAGUCACCCAACCGGUUGCAGCAGCUCCAGCCACUGCACCCCCAUCAGCCCCUGCAGCUCCCAAAGAUGUGUUGGAGGCUCUGGAGCAGAGACGAGCCAAGUAUGUGGAGGCGUCCAAUCAGGCCAAAGCCAGUGGAGAUGAUCGCAAGGCCCGAAUGCACGACCGUAUCGCCAAGCAAUACCAGAGUGCCAUCCGAGCUCACAAAGCAGGAAAAGCGGUCAACUUUGAGGAGCUGCCGGUGCCCCCUGGUUUUCCUCCAAUCCCGGGCCUGAAGGCAACCGGAGCUGAACAGGGACUCAUUGCUGCUCUGCAGGCAGCCGAUAAGCUCGCCUCCACUGAUGCUACCGAAGUAGCAGAUGAGGAAGAAGAUGAGAAGGAGGAGGAGUCGAAGCCUGCUGUUCCAGAAGAGCCAAAGAAGAUCACGUUGGAUGUCCCCACCCCAGGUCAAGGAAGGAAAAGGUCUCCGUCAGCCUCACCUGACAGGACAUCUGCCAGAGAAGGACUCUCACCAACAGCGGUUCAGCAACUGGAGUUUUUGGAGGGCAGGAAGAAGCAGUACAUGAAGGCGGCUCUGCAGGCGAAGCAGAAGAACGACAUGGAGCAGGCCAAGAUCUUCCUCCGCACCGCCAAGGGCUUCGAACCCAUGAUCGAGGCAGCACGCAGCGGCAAGUCUGUGGACAUCAGCACGGUGCCUUCGCCCCCUGGUGACGAAGACGACGACUUCAUUCUGGUUCAUCACAGCGACGUGCAGAUCUCAGAGAAAGCAGAGCAGCUUUACGCACAACUGGCCAAGAUCCUGAAAGAGCAGUACGAGAAAUGCAUGACUCACUCCAAGCAGUUCACACACCUGGGGAACAUCACGGAAACAACGAAGUUUGAGAAGAUGGCGGAGAGAUGUAAGAAGAGUUUGGAAAUUUUGAAGCUGGCUCAGUCGAGAGGUCUGCCUCCUCCGAAACAUCACUUUGAGGAGAGAUCGUUUCACAUUGUCAGGAUAUUUCCAGACCUGAGUAGCACUGACAUGGUUGUUAUUAUCGUCAAAGGGAUGAAUCUUCCUGCUCCUAGUGGGAUUCAAACAAACGAUCUGGAUGCAUACGUCAAGUUUGACUUCCCCUACCCCAGCUCGGAGCAGCCACAGAAACACAAAACAGCUGUCAUCAAGAACACUAACUCCCCAGAAUAUAACCAGAGCUUCACCCUGUCAAUCAACCGUAACCACCGCGGCUUCAGGAGGGUGGUGAACUCUAAAGGCCUCAAACUGGAGCUGCUGCACAAAGGCGGCUUCCUGCGGAGCGACAAGCCGAUCGGGACGGCCCUCCUAAAGCUGGAAAAACUGGAGUCACAGAGUGAAAUCAGGGAGAUCGUAGAGGUGAUGGAUGGGCGUAAACCCACAGGUGGUCGUGUUGAAGUGAAGGUCCGACUGCGAGAGCCGCUGAGCGGGCAGGACAUGCAGACGAGCACCGAGCGCUGGCUGGUGAUCGACCCUUAACAGGUUGUUGUUUAGAUGCUGCUGAAAGACUGACGAUGAUUCACAAGAUAAAAGAUUAAAGGCACUCAAUCAUAAACACUCGGAGGAUAGAGUUUGGGAUGUGAAGAGGACAGUCUGUUGUUCAGAGUCAACUCAGACCUACACGGGUCUUUGACUUGUUAAAACUUUUGCACAUUUGCAAGACACGAGCUCCCUUUCACACUGCAGUCCACCAGGAGGAGGCAGGGAGCUGGUUUAUGGUAGGUCAGCUGGUCCAUUUGUCUUCAGUGUGACACCAGCUGAUGGACAAAUACUUGUUGUCUAAAUGGAGGGCAGGGUUGCUCUCUUGUUUGGUGAUUCACAUAGAUGGGAUGCAGAUGUAAGCUCGUGAUGCAGCGGGGCAGACUUGUGGGCAACAAGGUGAAGGCUCCUUGAAUCAGAGAAAACUAUUCAGGCAAUGAUCACUGGGUGCUUUUCAUUAUGCUAACUUACACGUCCUCUUUGACACGUAUCAUGGAGAAUCUUCCAAUCCCUUAAAUGCAACUUGAGGAGAGAGGAGGCUUCUGGAGGAGCUUAGAGCGAGGAAACACAUAUAUCUAAACGCCUCACCUCCACAUGUAGCACAAUCGCUUCAGCAUGAUGCUAUGGAACCAAGGGCUUCUCUUUUGCCUGCUUUGGCUCUUCAACUUUGCUGGGAGGAGCCAAACCAUGAGGAAGAGACACGUUAGCGUAAUGAAAAGCACUCUUUUUUUUCCCAAGAAGCCUCCUUGUGCAUCACUCCAUCUCCUGGAGGACGUCCGGCAGUGUGUGUCUCUGCUAAGGGGCUCAGUGUCGAGCUAACCUGAUCCUGCUGCCCGGCAUGACUUUAGAUAAUAUAUCAAAGAAUGUGUACAUAUUCCUCAUAUUAUUACAGCUCUGGUAUCUAGAACUGCACCUAUGCACUAAUACCAAAGUAAUCACUGUUGCUGUAAGAUCCUGCAUAUUUGAAGUCGCCCUUUAGCUGCCAAACCUAUUACGAUGACAUGAGAGCUCAGGAGAGUUUAAUAUGUGACGGGACUUUAUUUUAAAUUAUUUUUCCCCUCACAACUCAUCUGGUUUUCAGUGUGAGAACGCAGGCGGAUGCAGCAGCACCCCUCAAUUAUGUUUUAAAGGAGUAAGCCAAGAAAUCAUGAUACUACACAAGGUACGAUUAUGUAAUCAUUUUAAAGACCACACUCCGAUUUUUGGCACUUUUCACUUUGAAUAGUAAGUCCUCUAACUGUGGUCACUAAACUGCACACUCACAUAUCUUUGGCUUUAGGUGUGUUAGAUUUAUUUGUUGUUUACACUUAAUAGCACAAAGCAGUGCAGACUCACAACUGAGUUUAGUUUAAAAAGCUAAAUGUUAAUGUUAUUUAAAGGCAAACAUUAUUCACAUAUGGUGGUUAAAAGGUCAUUUAUAAGUAAACAUGAUUGGAUGAGUAAACUUUGAUAGUAUCCUGUACAUAUUUUAGUUUAAGGAAUAGUUUGACCUUUGGGAAAAUACACGUAUUAGCUCUGUUGCUAAGGUCAAUGAGAAGAUUGAUACCACUCUCGUGUCUGUCUUUAUUAUGAAGCUACAGCCAGGACACAAUUAGCUUAGCUUAGCAUUAAGACUAGAAACAAGGGGAAACAGCUAGCACAACUCAAAGUUCAAAAAUUCACCUCUAAAGCUCAUUAAUUCACAAGACUUCAGUUAGUGAUGUCUUAGAGCUGCUGGCAGAUGUAUUACUUUAAACGUAAGACGGAGCCAGGCUAGCCAGCUGUUUCCCCCCGCUUCCGGUCUUUGUGCUAAGCUAAGCUAAGCUAAUGACCUCCUGACGCUUCUCAUCAAAAUCUGGAUAAGAAAGUGAUCAAGUGUAUUUCCCAAAGUGUCGGAUGAAUCCUUUAAAUGUGGUAAUUACCUUAUACAGCUAUGCAUCAGAUCCUGAAUCCUUCAUUGUUUUAAAGGGCCAGUUCACCUAAAUUAUAUAAGGAUUUAUAUUUUCUUAUUUAUUGUUGCGAUAUCAACCAAUGCAGACUGAAUAUGUUUUGUGCUGCUCAGAGAUUUGGAAAAUGAAAUACUUAACAGCAAUGUUGAGAUGGAAAGCUGAUUUAUGACCUGGGAAAUUGAAACUAGGGAAAAAUAGUUGGACAAUAAUUAACUUUCAGUCUCAGCUUUGAGCCAACAUGGAGAAGUCAUCCUUAAAGUGCCUGGAAAAAAUGGAAAUUUGAACAUUAACGCUGUUCAAACGUUUCGAACAGCUACUAAAUUGACCUCACAGGGAGACUGUUUUGUCUGUUAACAUGCAUUUUCAUAAAUAUAAAGUCCUGUAAAGUAGUUUUAUUGGAGCAACUUUCUACUGAAGAUUUAAUCCUGAAUGAACGCUGCUGGUUUGAGUUAUAAAGGUAAUCAGAUCAUUUCUGAAAAGAUACGAUGCUGUUAAAGGUUUAAAGUUUUCUGUGGUGAUAAUUUGAGUGAACUGACCCUUCAAAGGUUUCAUGCAUAGGAUUUAGGGGCAUCUAUUGGCAAACAUGGAAUAUAAUCUCACAAACAUGUUUUAAUUUGUUAAUAAUCACCUGAAAUAAGAAUUGUUGUGUUUUUGUUACCUUAAAAUAAGCUGUUUAUAUCUGCACACGGAGCGGGUCUGCUUCCACGGAGUCAGCCAUUGUGUUCUAUAGUAGCCCAGAAGGGACAAACCAAACACUGGCUCUAAAUGGGGCCAUUCUGCAACCUCACCAUUAGGUGCCACUAAAUCCUUCACACUCAACCUUUAAAGUUUUAACUGCAGCAUUGUGAAAAAUGCUCCACAAGAAGCCAUAACACACACAUUGAAUCAACUACAUCAAUACAUUUCCCAACAUGUUUACCUCAAAACUGUCUGUAACAUUAUUACGUUACUGUGGUCACAACAUUUCUUUCUUUCUCCAUUUGAGGAAAAACAUCAUCAAUCAAUGCAGCGUUAAUAUAAAACAUUGGCAUAAAUAUUAACAACACUGUUACCCAUCAUUCUAUUUUCUGUUUAAACAUACUUGUUUACAAAGAUCGAUGAUGUCAUGUUGUUUAUAUUUACAAAAUGAUAAUCUCUGUAAUAAUAAUCCCAAAAACAGAAUUAUGGCUAUAUUUUGUUUUUAAUUGAAGACUGAAUUUGCCUACCCUGCCUAAAAAUGUACCAAUUAAAAAAUAUCUGGUUUUAA